AGUCGCGCGCGUGUACGAUACCGCUCGACGCCAACUACGUUCUCCCGUUGCGGCCUCGGCCCGCCAGCCAGCCAGCCAGCCAGCUACAUCCGGACGACGCGACGCGACGCGACGCUCGCCGCACCACAGAGCUCUCUCUGGAAAGAGAGACGGAGGAUCGUGCAUUCAGAGUUUCUGUCGCGAUCCGAGUCAAUCCGAGUGAAGUUAUCCCGCGCCGCGCCAGCGGUCCGCAGCAGAGAUACGGCCAGUCUCGCAUUCGAGAUAAUCCCUGACACGGCCCGCGCCGGCGGCUUCAGAUAAGCCCAUUAUCUCGUAGAUAGAGAUAUUCCCGCGGGGAGGAGGAGGAGGAUCUACACACCGGAGCGCUCACGCACGCCGAAAAUGACGGAGUCGGAGAAUAUCUUUUUGUUCGUGCCCAAUAUCAUCGGCUUCGGCAGGGUGAUCCUGGCACUGAUUUCCUUCUACUUUAUGCCCACCAACUACGUCAUCGCAACGUGGUGCUACGUGGUCAGCGCGUUGCUGGACGCGAUAGACGGCCAUGCGGCCAGGUACUACAAUCAGAGCACCAAGUUCGGCGCGAUCUUGGAUCAGCUGACGGACAGGGUAGGCACGAUGUGCCUCAUGGUCACGCUAUGCCUGUUCUAUCCCGCCUACACCUUCUGGUUUCAAUUGAGCAUGGCCAUCGACAUAGCCUGCCACUGGAUAUAUUUGCACACGACUCUUCUGCAAGGGAAAACCAGUCACAAGUUCCUGGACAUGUCUGAGAAUCCGAUCAUGAGACUGUACUACACGAACCGCAUGGUACUAUUCAUCAUGUGCGCUGGCAACGAGGCGUUCUACGCCGGUCUGUACCUCCUGCACUUUACCGAAGGACCAAUUUUUGCCGGUGUAGGUCUGUACAGAUUGGUCGUGUACCUGAGCGCACCGAUAGCACUUGUCAAAGCAGCCAUCUCCGUACUGCACGGAUACGUGUCGUGCAUCAAUCUCAGCAUCAUCGACGUGAAGGAGCGCCAGGAGCGGCUUAAAGUGAAUUGAAUCUCUCUUUCAUCUCUCGGCGCAUUAUUCGCUAGUCAAAUUGAAUGUGAUCAAAUCUCUUCCUUAAUUCUGUAAAUUGACGUUACACACCUUACAUUUACGAUACUUCCAUAUAUAUAGAGAUAUAUCUAUUUUUUUUAAGAAGGCAGAAGUGUUUAAAGAUGCGUGGUCGAGAGGUGUCUCUAUCCGAUUUGCAGGCCUAUUCCGUAACCUUCGAACGACAGGGUCGUUAUCAGCUGUAUCGUCGCUGUGCAGGUAUAAUGUAUGGUAAAAAAAAUCUGCCCAACGGCAAUACAAUGACAACGAUCCUGCCGUCAAGAGUUGUAGAAUAGACCUAUUAGUCGAUACGAAGGAAAUACUUAUUCUUUCAAAAUAGCCCGAAGAUAAAUGGCCAAAUCCCUUACUUAUACGUUAAGAAUAUAAAUAUAUGUGAAAUCUAUACUCUUGCGAAAAAGAGGAGAGAAACUUAUUUUUAAAGUAACUUCCAAUAGCGACUGUGACCAAAAAAAAAAAUACUUCGUUAUCAAUGUACAUUCCGUUAUGUUUCAUAGAGUUGUUGUUUUAGCUGGUUGUUCGAUUUAUAGCGCAUUUAUGACACUCAGAAUGAUUAUGGCACUCAAGUGAUUAUUGAUGUUCUACUUUUAGGAUCUUUCAUAAUGUUUUUAUAGACACUGCAAACUCCAAUGUAUCGAUAAUCUCCAUAUUUUUUGAAUAUUUUUCCAGUAGACAGUUUAGACGAGGACCUAACAUAUGUUCUUUGUGUCAGCCAAAUGCACGUAGCGAGAAUGAUUUCGAUGUAUUCACAAUGUGUGUCGAAUAAAACGUAAUUUUAACAUC